AUGCCUUUCUUCACCCGUGUGUUUCGGAGCAAGGACUCUAGCUCCAAGAAACACGCCAAAACCACCCCUGUUCAAGAAAAUGGUGUCUCCCGCCCCAAGUGGACGGACGCAUGGACGCGCUCCGAGGUUGCUCCCUCCGAGGUGCAGGAGCUGCUACGGGCUUGCACCAAGGAGUUGAAAGCUCGAGCCCUCGCGACUCCGUUGCUUCUGCUCCCGUUCCGUCCCUCGUCCAACCCCAGCGCUGCUCGUUCUUUCAUCCGCAAUUACUUCAAGAAUCCCUCUGCAGGUGGUGGAUCGCAACUCCAUGGCGAUGAUCUGGCGCAGGAGUUGCGUCUGGCAGAGCCAAUGGUCCUAUGCAGUGUAAUCAAAUGGUGCUGGAGCAGACUCCCUGGAGGAGUGGUCACCUGGGAUGCCUACGAGCUGUUCAAGAUCGGAGAACAAGGCAUGUCUGCCGCACCUUACCACGUCAUUUGGCCUUCUACUGACUCGCCGCAAGACUCGGGCCUUGCCCACGAUGCCUUCUCCAGGUUCAUCCCCAUGAGUGUCGAAUCGGAUGCCCGAACCAGGAUCAUUUUCGACUUCUUCGAUCUCUUGGCGGCAAUUGCUGCCCACAGCAAGUCUAACGGUCUCGGAGGGCGGAAGCUGUCGCGAUACGCUGGCUGGUGGGCCUUUGAGCAGAAGGGCAACAGCAAGGGCUUCGAGGAAGCAUACAACCAUUGGGCCCUCGCGGCCGAUGCAACGAGUCAUCUGUUUUUCGCCUAUUUGCGCUCAAUUUCACCGGAAGCCACUCGUGGAGUCAGCAUCUCGACCCUUCCCCUUACUCUCCAGUCGCUCCUCAACGCGACGGAAUACCCUCCGGUUAGGCCCAGCCUGCUUCAAGUCACCACGACCAAGGUGGCCAUCACGGUUGAAACCGUCUCGCCAACCCCAUUUGCCUUGCUCCGUCGCGCCAAGAACUUCGAGUAUCGGGACAGCGACCACCAUCUGCAGGAGUUCUCCCAUUACGGGGAUCCCGUCCAAGCCCUUACCGACGAAUGUCUGCGCGUGCUGAAAUGCAUCUCGAACGCAAACCAGUCCAACAUCUCUAGCACCAAGACAUCCACAAGCCUCCGUGAUGCAGCCUGGUCCCGGUUCGAAGAUGUUGGGUUCGGUGCCCCAAUCGAAUCUGACGAUGACGACGACGAUAAGAACGCUGCCGUGCUGGCCGCCAGUGAAUUCGGAAGCAUCAAAUCUGAUUCUGUGUAUAAUGCAGGGCACGAUCUGAACCGUCCCUCCACCCCAUCAUGGGCUGACUUUCUGACCUCCGGCUUCACUGGGACCGGAGUUGACGGCAAUUCCAACGGUAGCGUGACUCCCAGCUAUCCCACAUCACUCCUACCUCCGGAUAAGGUUCUCCCCCCAAUUCCUACAUCCCGGGGUCAAAGCUCGCAAUCCCAUAAGCGCGGCCUUGACGACAUGUCUACGCUGGAACCGGGCGAGCUCGCCAGCAUCACGGACCUGGAACUCGACGAUUCCUUCUGGUGGGUCUGGAUCAGCAGUUUGGCCGGUGAGGAGCCCGAUUCCCGCAAGGCCGUCUUCGGUCGAUGCGCGCUCGUAGAAACCGUCAUCAAGGGCGCCAAGUGGCUUAUCAUCGAGGAGAAGAUCAAGGGUGCAGUCCCGGAGAGUGAUCCCAGCGCUUACAUUGCAGAGAAGAACCGAGGGUUCUUCAGCACUCUAGGAGGCCGCAGGGGGAAGAUGUCCCGUGCGAAAUCGACCAAGCUGUCGAAGACUAUAAGCUAUCGGAGUCUGGGAGUCAAGAUCUCGGUCGGGGAUUCCGUCUGA